UACUUGAUUAGUUGGCUUAAAACUUUCAAACCGAGUUGUUGGAUAUUCGCGGCAGUAACAAUUAUUUUUUUUUUAUUUUGCCACGGAAGACAAAAAUACAAUAUACAUAUAAAUACUUAUUUGUUUGAAAUAGCUAUUUUGAAAUAUACAAAAUAUUGAUAUCAGUGAAGAGGUAAAUGAGUCUCCAUCAAGUGAAUGAAUGAAAAGUGCAAAAGAAUCUAACUCAGAAAAAAAGCAAAUGAAUUCAAAAUUUAGUACGUGCUUUCCUGUUUCAUAAUGAGAAAAAAGUAAUUACAUUCUUAAUAAAUAAAAAUAAAAUUUAGUGAAAAAUAUAAAUACAGUGCAUUGAAGACAUCUUCAAUAAAUAUACCUUUGAAUAUUAGAUCUUUUUAUGUUCAAGCUUAAAAAAAGGAAUUAAACAAAUCUAAUAAAACCUAUACCUAUCUAUCUGAAGCAGCCAUCUUUGAAUCUAUGUAAUAUUUUUUCUUUUUGUUUGAAUUAAGUUGUGAAUAAUAAAACAUAAAAAAGUAUCUUAUCUUUCGCGAGAAAAAUCUACGCAAAUCUGUGAGAACAAAUACAAAAGGAAAAAGAAUUAUUUUUCACAACUUGUUGUGCAUGCCAUUGAAAUGAUGUGGAAUAACUAGCUGAGCCGAUACUGUACAGCAAAGAUGUUCCUUCGCAAUAAAUUUUUAUAAUAUUUUUUAAAAAAUAUUGAUACAAAAGUGCAACGAAUGUGAAGACGAAACCAACCUAUCCAAAUGAUCGAUCAACCUUAAAUAUUCAAUAAAAAGCAAACACAAACAUUAAACACACAGAAAAGUACCUUAAGGAACGUGGUUGAAAGAAUUCAUAACCAUCAUGGAUUGGGUGGAAGGCGAUUUGGUAUGGUUUGAUCCAGGUCUAGGUCAUCCGAUUCCUGGUGAAAUUCAAGAAGUACAUCGUGCAGCCCAAGUUAUUGUUGUGCAAGCAUUAAUUAAGGGAAAACCACAGACGUUUGCACUCCAACCGGGCGAGGGCAAUUUACGGCCCCGACAAGAUCUUGGCAGCAGUGGAGUUGAUGACAUGACCCAAUUAGAUGAUCUUCACGAGGCAUCACUUUUAUGGAACCUACGACUGCGCUAUGACAAGGGUCUAAUUUAUACAUUUGCUGGAAGCAUUCUAAUAGCAGUAAAUCCCUACAAAAUGUUCCCAGACUCAUACGGUCUAGAAGUAGCAAAACAAUACGCUGGCAAACCACUUGGAACGCUACCACCACAUUUGUUUGCAAUCGGUGCAGCAGCACAUGCUGCUUUGCCAUCUCCCCAAGUUGUGGUUAUAUCUGGAGAAUCAGGUUCGGGCAAGACUGAAUCUACAAAAUUGGUCAUGCAAUAUUUGGCAGCUGUCGUACCAGGUGGUGGAUCUGCAUCAGCAGUCAUUACCGAGCAGAUAUUGGAGGCGGCUCCAUUAUUGGAGGCAUUUGGAAAUGCAAGAACUGCAAGGAAUGACAAUAGUUCUCGUUUUGGAAAGUAUUUGGAAGUUUACUUUAAGUCAGGUGCCAUUGUUGGCGCUAAGAUAACACAAUAUCUUCUAGAAAAAUCAAGGAUCGUAACACAAGCACCCGGUGAACGAAACUAUCAUGUAUUUUAUGAAAUGCUCGGUGGUCUUUCGGAGGCAGAAAGAACAAAGUACGGAUUAUUAGAAGCUGAUAAAUACUUCUACCUUAAUCAAGGUGGCUCUGAUUGUGCCCCAGGACGAGUUGAUUGGGGUUCGCUGCAAAGUGCUAUGCAAGUUCUGGGUGUUUCUGAGGGAGAGCGAGAAGGAAUUAUUAGAGUUUUGGCCUCGGUGCUUCAUCUUGGAAAUGUUUACUUCCAUAGACGUCAACUAAGACACGGUCAAGAAGGUGUCGAAGUUGGAUCAGAUGCUGAAAUCAAAUGGGCUGCUCAUUUACUGCACAUCUCUGCUGAUGGCCUCCAUCGGUCGCUCACUAGCCGCACUACUGAAGCUAGAUCGGAACGUUUACAUACACCCCUGGGGAUUGACCAGGCUUUGGAUUCAAGAGAUGCAUUCGCUAAGGCAUUGUAUGCUGGCCUCUUUAACUGGCUAGUAUCCCGAAUUAACUCCAUUGUUCAGAAAGGUGGCACCCACGACGCACAUAGAAUCUCAAUUUUGGAUAUAUUUGGAUUCGAAGAUUUAGCUGAAAACUCAUUUGAACAACUAUGCAUUAAUUAUGCUAAUGAGAAUCUCCAACUUUACUUUAAUAAACAUGUGUUUAAGCUUGAGCAAGCUGAAUAUGCUCGAGAACGUCUCGAAUGGACACCACUUAACUGGGACGACAAUUUGCCGGUGAUUCAUUUGCUGGCCAAGAAACCAGUGGGUGUUUUCCAUCUUUUAGAUGACGAGUCAAACUUUCCGAGGGCUUCAGAUAUGAGCUUUUUGGAGAAGUGCCACUACAAUCACGCACUAAACGAAUUGUACUCUAGACCACGAAUCGGAGCCCAAGAAUUUGGAAUAACUCAUUAUGCUGGUCAAGUUUGGUAUUGUGUGGAUGGAUUUUUAGAUAAAAAUCGAGAUGCUCUGCGAGGUGAUGUGCUAGAAUUGCUUGCUUCUAGCAAGCUUCAACUUGUUGUGGAUCUUACUAAGCAACUACGAGCUCAACGAGAUUUUGGGAAGACAUUGCCAAAGGGUUCGAAUGGUCGCUUUGUAACUAUGAAACCACGAACUCCAACAGUUGCUGCCCGUUUUUCAGACUCACUGCAACAGCUUUUGCAAUCAAUGGGUCGUUGCAAUCCUUGGUUCGUUCGUUGCGUUAAACCAAACAACGAAAAACACGCUCUUAAAAUGGAUAUGCCCUGUGUCCUUCAGCAGCUGCGCUACCUGGGAAUGCUGGAUACUAUUCAAAUUCGACAGAGGGGUUAUCCCGUCCGAUUAAGAUUUCAGCAUUUUGUUGAACGGUACCGUCAUCUUAUGAAAUCACCAUUGCCCAGAGGUACACCUUACCGUGAACUUUGUCGAACAGUUCUAGAGUCACUUCCACGCACCGGAAUCGAGGGUCCAGACUUCCAACUGGGUGCCACAAGAGUAUUUUUGCGUGAGGCAUUACACCGAAUUCUUGAAAGCGGCCGAUCAGAUCGUUUGAAGAAUGCAGCCGUAGUCAUCCAAAAGAGUGUCCGUGGCAUGCUGAUUCGUCGAAGACUUGCACGCGAAAAGAGAGCCGCUAUAAAAGUUCAAUCAAAAUGGCGUGGUUACAAGGAAAGAAAGCAUUUCAAGGAGUUGCGGCAUGGUGCCGUUCGCGCCCAAGCAUGUUGGCGAGGUAAAAUGGCCCGAAAACGUUUUACCAAACUCAAAGCAGAUUACAAACGUCGUCUGGAAGCACAAAAGGCACUUAAGGAACGAGAAGCAAAGAAAAUCGCCAAGGAAAAUAUUGAACGAAGUCAGGUCGCUUAUUUGGAUAUUCCUGCCGAAUUGGCGUUUAUUUUUUCAAAAACAGAAGGCUGGACACCUCUUCACGGCGACCGUCAUUUGGUAAAAGUGGUGGGGACUGUACCUGGUCCACCAGUGGCAAGUGAGUUGCCUAAGGAUUUGGACCAAUUUUCUUUUGGAAAAUUCAGUUCUGUUUAUUGCAAUGGCUUAAGGCUAUCCCCUAGACGAGACCCAAUUGCUGCACCAUUUUUGACUAGAGCAGCUUCUCGGGACCAAGAUUUUCAGGAUGCUCUUGCUGUUUUCAAGUUGAUUUUGCGGUGGACUAAUGAUACUUCACUAGAUAGUAACAAGGAAAAAGUUUUAUCCGAUUACAUUGUCCAUAAGGGACUUUCUUCGCGAGGUCUUCGAGAUGAAAUUCUUGUACAAAUCUGCAAUCAAGUCUAUCGAGUUGAAGAAAGCCAAUCUAUGCGAAUAUGGCAGCUUAUGGCACAUUGUUUAUCAUGCUUCCAACCAGGCCCAGCAUUCAGCAAAUAUUUGAUGAAAUUCAUUGCUGACAAUGCUCCCAUUUCCAUGAAGGAACUUCUACUUAAGAAGAUUCUUCGAAACUCCGGCUCUUCACAGGUAAAUGCAUCUCGAAGCUUUACACCUUCGUGGGUUGAAUGGCGAGCAAUUUCUCGAACAUCAGACAUUGCUGUCGCCUUAACACUGCCUGAUGAUGUUACGCAAACAGUGGCUAUUGACUCGUGGACAACAUGUGAAGAGGCGGCUUCGUUGGCAGUUUCAGCACUUGGUAUUCCAAAUCGUGGAUGGACUGUUGUUCUUGAUGAUGGAAAACUGCUUACAGACUCUUGUGGUCUGGAUUAUGUUCUAGAUUUAGUAGCGGAAAAGGAACUAUGUCCUGCUUUCCCAGCAGCUCGAAGCGAUUUAUUCAAGACAGACUCAAAGUUGUCACGUACUUUACUGCCGGAAAUUGAACCGAGUAGUCCAAAACGGCCUCAAGUGCCUCCUCCGGAACCACCACAAACCAAAUCUUCUUCAAAGCCAAUGGAAGCUCCAAUUCCAGAGCCAGUCAUGGAGAAGAAAAUUGAAUACAAUGCUAUUCGAAAGAAUUCACGAGACCUUCUAUCCAGAAGUUCAGCCUUGAACGAACGAUACUUUGAAACUGAAAAAUCACGAUCAAAAUCAUUAGAUGACCUUUUAGCUGGUGACGAUAAUGACAUGGUUACCACACCAGAGCCGGAACCCUUGACAGAUCUUGGCUUAUCGGAGAGUCGCCUGAAUGACAGAUAUCACUCAGCCGAACGUUUGGCUCCCAUGGGUAAAGAAACAGGCCCCCGUUAUCAAAAGUCCCAGCAUGCCGGUCGUAGGUCGCAUGCAGGAUCGCACUCAAGUAAAUAUAUGGACAAAUCAGAGUACGCCACUAGAUCAUCGGCUAUGUCAGAUACAAGUGAAGCACCGUCAUUGGCUAGUCAUGUAAGGCGAGUACGUGUUCCAUCACAGGCUUCCGAUGUUGACCAGUUUCUUGAUGACCUCUUCAGUCCAGUGUUGGAUGGAUCACUUGACGAACUUUCUGAUGCGCGUUCCUUGGCCGCCAGUAUUCGCGGAGGCGGUAAUGACUUUAUGGAAGCACCAGUGAUAGAUGAUUCUUUGCGUGGCUUAAUCGAUGCAAAUUUACUAUCCAUCAAAAUUAAAGGGGGCGGAGAGAAGUCAAGUGAGAGUAGCAGCAACGAUGCCAAUCUUGACGAAUAUAUAUCGGGUUUAUUCAAGCCCAUCUUUAUAAGCGACACCGUAAAUAAUUUACAAGAAAAAGCAGAACUAAUCGAAACUAUCAAAGGCGGGGGUACAGCACAUCACCCUUCUGCUACGACUUCAGGAUUCGUGUCCACCUCGAGUAUGGGUCGUCCAGUGGGCGGACCUCUCCUAACUGGUGUCAACACCGACAGCUUGAUGCAGAUGAUAAGCCCUCCACAGGAUUCAGACCCCUCUAUGUAUCAACAUCAAGUUCAACGGGCAUUUUUGCAAUCCGCUAUGGCACAAAACUUGCAGAUUCAACAACAGCUUUUGGCCCAAAAUCAAGCUUUACAAACAUUGCUCAGUCAACAGGACACAGCACCGGUUUCGCCUGCAUCGCCACCACUAAUGCAAUCAUCCCUCACUACCCAUACAACGACAAGUAAAAUAAACCUACAAACAAACGCUCAGUCUUCAGUUCGCAGGCAGAGUUUCAAGAAUCGAAUCUCCCAGUUUACCGAUGCAGAUCGAAAUAGAAAGACCUCCUCAGAAAGUGGGGGAUCCCUGAUACCACCUCCACCUCCCCCGCCAAUGCCACCACCAAUAGAAUCAAAAGAUCCGUCGGAAACACGUCAUUUUCUCGAUCCAUAUGGACGAGCAAAAACGGUUCGUAUUGGUAAAUGGCGUUGGCCACCACCUCAAGACGGACCGCAACCAGAUUGCGAAGAAGACUUUUUUGUUUUCAAAAUGCGACAAAGUCAAAGAAAAACUACACCUCAAUCUCAGUUGCAUAGCUCAAACGGUUCUCUAAAUGGUUCGGCAAUUGAAUGGGAAGAGUUUGAAGUCAGUUCUUCCAAAGCACCUUCUCCUCCAACGGUUAUGCAUACAUCACAAUUCAUGCGAACUCAAAUUAAAAUUGAGACUUCUGGUAAUAAGCACAUGAAGGACGUUCCUGAUUCAAACCAAACAGGUGCUUCAACAAAAGUAUCCCGAAAGAGUUUCGAAAUUGGUGCUGAUCGCCCGUCACCAGGAACUGUUGGGAAGCUAAAAUUAAGUUCAGAAAUGCGUCAACGAUUAGAACAAGUAACUGCGGGUCAUUCAGUUCGAUCUUCGAUCAGCACAAAAUCGGAACAGCGAGCACCCGCAAAACUAGAGGACACUCGCAAACUUAUGUUACAACAACAGCUGAGUGGGCAUUUCGGAAUGAUGGGGACUUCGACUGAUAUUUCGUCAGUGAGAUCACAGAUUGAACGAAUGGAAGGAAAACUAUCGCCUCCUCCUCAGUCAAGCUGGCCAGCAGUUGUACCUCCAGCUCCAUCUGUACCAGCUCCACCACCACCCAUUCGUCCCCCAACAACGGCCCCGCCAGCUCCACCACCUGUACCAAAAAGUCCACCCGUUCGUGAAGACCUCAUGGAUGAGCGUGAAUAUAGAUCCCAAAUGCAACAAGACAUCCCAGCAUUUAUUCAGCGGCAAGAACGCGAUACAUUUGGUGCACGACAUAAUUGGAAUGGAUCUGAGAUUUCGAAGGACACCUAUGAUUCGUGGGGCCGUGCUGAGGCUGCUAAGUUAGACAUGGUGUACGAGACAAGCUUCAAAAAAGAAAUUCAAAAUGACCGGGACAGGUCAAGAUCGAGAUCCCGUUCACGAGAUCGUGAUGAUUUUUCAGAGUCAGUAUGGGAUCGAGCUGAGGUCGAAGGACCUCCAUCCACUGGAUCUGAACGAGAACGUGAAAAGGAGCGUGAAAAACGUGAACGUGUUUAUGAAAUGAGGCAGGUUGAACGAGAAAAGGAGGGCAACAAAGUUUAUCAUCCUCCAUCUAAGGCAUUCGCUGUUCAGGCAGAGCGAGAGGUGCCAAACCGUAAGCAAUCUCAAAACCAAAACCAGAGCCACAACCAGAACCAUCAUUAUUCUUCCAGCUCUACGACAACUACCAAUACCACUACUGCAACUUUCAAAACACAUAUGGUUCAAAAAUUAGAAAAAGAACGCAAACGCAAGACAUCUAAUUCUACUUUGGUUUCUCAGAGCACCCGCAGAGAUGAUGAAAAAGAAUAUGCUGAGGAAUGGCCAGUGCUCUCUAUUCCAGCACCUGUUCCAGCUCCUCCAUCGCUCAAAUCACCUGCCACAGCGUGUCUCACGUAUAAUCGCGUCUCAUGGAAGCUACGUGUUCGUAAAGAGGUAUUUCAUCCAAACGAACCAAUCGGUCCACCAGUUGCCUUGGACCUUUUGUUCGCUCAAAUUGUCGGAGACGUAUUUGGCCUAACACCAUGUCUGCGAGUGACGCCACAGGAAAAGUCUGCAGCUAUGAAUAUGCUCAAUGGACACGGUGUUACCGUUGAAACUGCUCGCAAUCAGAAUAUUCGUGCGAUUGUUAAAAGACACUUGGUCGACAUGGCACGCAGUUGGCCACUUUACUUUGCACGUUUGUUUGCUGUUCAGGGUGCUCCUCAAUUUCCUGACGUUUCGAUUAUGGGCAUAUCACACAGUGGCGUCUAUUUGGCGCGACGUGAUGCAGAUUAUUUGAUUGUGGUACAAUCGCUUCCCUUUAACGAUUUGCAAGGCGCUGUUACUCUUCCACGUCCCGCUGCAUUACAAUUAAACAUGCGCAACGGCAGCCAUUUGACACUUCACGCAGUGCGUGCAUCUUCUAUACAAGCUAUGAUACAGAACUUUUCACAGGAAUUCAGACAGGCUCAAUCAAAAUCGUCGACUAUAUCAUCUGGAGCUAGAGCUGCCGCACAAACACUUAAUGUUCCCAUUGAACGUUUGGAAUCACGUCAGUCCAACCAUAGAGACUCUUCACAAGGUCAAGAUGUAAUCGAGACUCACCAUCGAAAUAGUAGACAAGAUGUUGAUAAUCAAAUGCUUAAUCACAAUUCUUAUCAACAACAAGCCCAACAGCAGCAUCAACUACAACAACAGCAACUGCAAUCGCAUCAUCAUGGACAGAUAAAUGAUGAAGGCGGAAAUGCUGGCCAUGCCACCAAUAAUGGAAUGUUAAAUGAAGCUCAAUUAGUUUUGGAGAAUCAUUCGGAGCAAGUUGAACGUCACCACUUUAUCAAACAGCAGAGCUAUUUACAUUCUCGUAAGACAUCAGCCAGCCAAAUGCAUCAACUCCAACAACAAUCAAGUAUGGAAUCAAAUUACAUCACAGAGGAGUCACAUCCGGAAACACCUCCAUCAGUUACAAAGUAUUCACUUUUGCAGUUCGCCAUGCAGCAUUUUAGAAAUGAUCAAACGGUUGAUCAUCGAUCAAAUGAGCGUGGAGAUCGUCGAGCUUCAUCUAACCGAUCAUAUGCGGAACUUGUCAAAUGGCAGGGUACACCAAUUAGGGCACCACUUCUACGGCUACCAACAGACUUGGCGUCGCUUGCUUUGGAGUGCUUCGACUGUAUUCUUCGGUAUUGUGGCGAUGUGCCUCUUGACCCAGAACUCACCGAGGUCAAAUGUGUUUAUACUGUCCUUAUGCACUGUCACAAGUAUUUAGCGCUGCGGGAUGAAGUCUAUUGUCAAUUGAUGAAACAGACCACAGCAAAUAGGUCACCAUGUCCUGAUUCUUCACAGAGAGCAUGGCGGCUUCUGAGUAUACUUGCAGCUUACUUUGGUUGUUCUGAUGCCCUACGACCCUACCUAAUGGAGCACUUGACUUCUGCGGCCUCCGAUCGAAGACGGUCAUGCCAUGGAACAGCGGCAGUAUGCUUGACCAAUUUACGAAAAACGGCUCGUUGUGGUGGUCGCAAGAACGUUCCAAGUGUGGAAGAAGUUACAGCUGUUUCUGCUGGUCGAUCCGCUAGGAGACAAAUCUACCGCCUUCCAGGCGGAGCCGAGAGGGUUGUCAACACCCGCUGUUCGACAGUUGUUGCGGAUGUAAUAUCAGAGCUAUGUGCGUUACUCGGUGUUGAUUCAGAGGCAGAACAGCAAGAGUUUUCUCUGUACUGUAUUGUUCAGGGAGACGCCUUCACAAUGCCUCUGGCUGCCGAUGAAUAUAUCUUGGAUGUGACCACCGAGUUGCUCAAGUCAGGCCAACCAUUCUACUUGAUAUUUUGUCGAUCCGUGUGGCAUUUCUCACUGAAACGUGACCCCUCACCAACGCCACUCUACAUCGAAGUGCUUUUCAAUCAAGUUGCUCCAGAUUACUUGGAAGGACUUUUGUUGGAACUCCCCGGCAAUGGGGGACCAAUGCCAGAAGUGGUGCGUGAUAUGGCGAGAAUAGCAGCACUUCUACAUCGUGCUGCCGAUUUGAAUCACGUUCCUGCGAUGAAAGAGAUCAAAUUCCUUCUUCCUAAGCCUGCGCUUGGCAUUAGGGAAAUUCGACCCGCUCAAUGGGUUAGCUUAGUGCAAUCAGCUUGGCCGGCAGUCUCCAAUUUAAGUCCUGGUCAAGUGAAGGCGCAAUUCCUGAAUGUAUUAUCCGGAUGGUCGCUUUUCGGCAGUAGUUUCUUCGCUGUAAAACGUAUUUGGGCCGAGGAGGGUCCGCAUGUUGAAGAAAGCAAUCCCAUGUGGAGGGAUCUUAUUUUGGCCCUCAACAGAUCAGGGGUGCUUUUCCUUGAUCCCAAUACACAUGAGACGCUUCAGCAUUGGCCCUUUAUGGAAGUCAUUUCAACAAGAAAGGUUCGUUCCGAGGACGGUGCACUCUUCCUGGACAUGAAAGUCGGCAAUCUAAUGCAACAACGUGUCAUCAGAGUACAAACCGAACAAGCCCAUGAGAUAUCGCGACUUGUGCGACAGUACAUUACAAUGGCACAGAUCAGUCAGAGGGAAAAGUUAAAUUAAAUUAAAGGCAGUUUCUUCAGUCCUGAGCUCAAACUCGAUACACUGCAGUAUAUACUCAUAUUUUUGUAUAAUAAACUAUUAUUGAUAGCUUUUAAGAAAAUCUUCCAUUCCAUUUAUUAUCUUCUUUUAAUUCUUGUUCUUCUCUUCUAAGUAAACGGAAAAUGCGUGCGAGUUAAUUUUAGUAUACAACGAAUUUUCUUUUUAGUUUUUGGGAAAAAGGGUCGCGGUUAGUUUAGAAAACAAAAUUCGACUGAAAAACGCUUAAGAUUUGUUUUUUUGUUUUGAUUAAUUAAAA